GUGGCACCGGAAUCCAGUCCUACUUCACCUUUCUUCGCUUCCUGCUGCUGCUCAACUUGCUGACCCUGCUGCUCACAGCCAGCUUCGUGCUGCUGCCCCUGGCCUGGCUCCGCCCCCCUGAACCAGGCCCGGCCCUGAACUUGACCCUCCAGUGCCCCGACGGCCACCAGCCCCAGACGAGCGACCCGAAGUUCCACAAUCAACUUUGGAAUGUUUUAACUGGCAGGGCUUUCACCCACACCUACCUCUUCUAUGGCGCGUACCGGGUGGGGCCCGAGACUGGCUCAGCAUACAGCAUCCGCCUGGCCUACCUCCUCAGCCCGCUGGCCUGCCUGCUCCUCUGCUUCUGUGGGACUCUGCAGCGGAUGGUGAAGGGCUUGCCACAGAAGUCACUGCUGGGUCAGGGCUACAGGGCGCCACUCAGCACCAAGGUCUUCUCCUCCUGGGACUUCUGCAUCCGGGUGCAGGAGGCGGCCACCAUCAAGAAGCAUGAGAUCAGCAACGAGUUCAAGGUGGAGCUGGAGGAGGGCCGUCGCUUCCAGCUGGUGCAGCAGCAGACGCGGGCGCAGAGGGCUUGCCACCUGCUUACUUACCUGCGGGUCAAUGUCCUCAUUGGGCUCCUGGUGGUCGGAGCCAUCAGCGCCAUCUUCUGGGCCACCAAGUACUCGCAGGACAACAAGGAGGAGUCCGUGUUCCUGCUGCUCCAGUACCUGCCUCCUGGGGUCAUCGCCCUUGUCAACUUCCUGGGUCCACUGUUGUUUGCGUUCCUGGUCCAGCUGGAGAACUAUCCUCCCAACACCGAGGUCAACCUCACCCUUAUCUGGUGUGUGGUGCUGAAACUGGCCAGCCUGGGCAUGUUCUCCUUCUCGCUGGGUCAGACUGUGCUGUGCAUCGGCAGAAACAAGACCAGCUGUGAGUCCUACGGCUACAACGCCUGUGACUACCAGUGCUGGGAGAACUCCGUGGGGGAGGAGCUGUACAAGCUAAGCAUCUUCAACUUCCUCCUCACCGUGGCCUUCGCCUUCCUGGUCAGCCUGCCUCGGAGACUGCUGGUGGAGCGGUUCUCAGGCCGGUUCUGGGCCUGGCUGGACCGGGAGGAGUUCCUGGUGCCCAAAAACGUGCUGGACAUCGUGGCAGGGCAGACGGUCACCUGGAUGGGCCUCUUCUACUGCCCCCUGCUGCCCCUUCUGAACAGCGUCUUCAUCUUCCUUACCUUUUACAUCAAGAAGUACACCCUCCUGAGGAACUCCAAGGCGUCUCCACGACUCUUCCGUGCCUCCAGCUCCACCUUCUUCUUCCAGUUGGUGCUCCUCCUGGGUCUGCUCCUGGCCGCGGUGCCCCUGGGCUAUGUGGUCAGCAGCAUUCACUCCUCCUGGGACUGUGGCCUCUUCACCAACUACUCGGCCCCCUGGCAGGUGGUCCCUGAGCUGGUGGCCCUCCGGCUUCCGCCCCAUGGCCAGCGCGCCCUCCACUACCUCGGCUCCCACGCCUUCAGCCUCCCCCUCCUCGUCAUGCUCAGCCUCGUCCUGACCGUGUGCGUCUCCCAGACCCAGGCCAAUGCGAGGGCCAUCCAUGGGCUCCGGAAGCAGCUGCUGUGGGGACCCUCCCUCGUGGGUCUCACCGGGCUGCGCUCCUCGUGCCCUGAACCGCCAGACGCUCCGGCCCCCGCCGGCAGAUUCCGCUUCCCCCGCAGCAUGGAGGCGUAG